AUGUUCAAACUAUCGACGCCCGUUCCGUUCAGUCUAAUCGCUCGGCAGGGCCCUCUGCUGCACAGCAGGCCGAUUUCCUUCAAGUCCACGCUGGAAAAGUUUAAACUGACUCCUCCGCCCCCAGGAGGGGUGACCGGGAACGUCAACGAGGCGUUCCAGCCUCCAGAACCGAACUACAUGCAGGGCUCGUACCACUGGUACUACGAGCGGAUCAGCGCGGUGAGCAUGAUCCCGUUGACGCUGGUGCCGCUCUAUGGCGCCGUGACAGGCGCAUCUGUGGAGUACCCUCUGAUUGACGCUGCCCUUUGCAGCAUGCUGCUGAUCCACACGCAGAUGGGCCUGACCAGCUGCAUCGUCGACUAUAUUCCGAAACGCAAGUUCGGCAUAUGGCAUAACCUCGCGAUGUGCCUGCUGUACUCUGGGACGGCGGUCGGCCUUUACGGCGUGUACACCUUGGAAACAGAGAGCAAUGGCCUGAUGGACCUUAUUGGCCGCAUGUGGAGGGAGCCGGAUACCCACCCCAUCUUCUCCAUGCGCCGCUAG